AUGAGUGGCAUCAAAGUCAAUGGCACAUUCUAUCCCACUGCCCUCAUCCUGGUUAGAAUUCCCGGACUAGAAGGAUCUUAUCAUUUGGUAGGCGCCGUUGUUUGCCUAUGUUAUCUUCUGGGAUUGCUUGGAAACAUUAUGCUCCUGGCUGUCAUCUCAGCCUCUUCUGUCCUCAACAAGCCUAUGUUCAUUUUACUUUCUCUGUUGGCCUUCAAUGAUGCCCUUCUGUCUACAAGCAUAGUCCCCAAAAUGCUGUCCGUCUUCUGGUUCCAGGAAAGACUCAUUGGUUUUGACUUUUGCCUCUUCCAGAUGUUCUUCCUACAUUCUUUAAGCAGCUUUGAGUCAGGCCUUUUGUUUGGUAUGGCAUUUGACCGUUAUAUCGCCAUCUGCCUGUCAGGAUCAGCAGCUAUGCAACCGCUCAGCUAUGGGUCCAUAAUGACCAACGCCAUCAUCAUCAAGCUGGUCAUCUUCUUACUGCUCAGAGCAGUCGGCUUAAUUGGGCCCUCCAUCAUUUUGAUCAAGAAAUUUCCUGCGUUUAAAAACAACGUUGUGCCCCAUUCAUACUGUGAGCACAUAUCGAUCGUGAAACUUGCUGCUGCCGACAACAGAAUAAACAGCGCUCUGGGGUUGGCCGUGGCGUUCACGAUCUCAGGAACAGACCUGCUGUUUAUCCUGGUGUCCUACUGCGCCAUCUUUAAGGCCGUCUUCAGCCUUCCAUCCAAAGAGGCCCGGCUGAAGACCUUUAAGGCCGGUAUGGGGCCUAACACCUGCAUACCUCAUAUGUGCAUCUUUCUAAGUUUUUAUGGUCUGGCCAUCUUCAACUUCCUGUCCCACCGGUAUGGCGGCAAAAGGAUCCCACCUUAUGUUCACAUAGUUCUAGCCAAUACGUACCUUCUCCUCCCACCCAUGCUUAAUCCAAUUAUUUAUGGAGUGAAGACUAAACUGAUCUGGGAGCAAGUCUGGAAAGCUUUGUCUAUCAACGUCCCCAUGAAAAGUGACUGA